AUGACCAAACGAAUCCGUCGUCGACUCUCCAUCGCGUCAUCGUCCUCCGUGACCAAUAAUGCCCCCAAUAGGCGAGAUCACAGCAAUAAAAAUGAGUAUGGGGAUACAGUGCCAGAAAACAACUCUGAAGGAAGGGGAUUCAUGAGUACCAUGUUUGGUUCAGGAAGCAUUGAUGAAUCCGAAUCGGUGGAUGUCGAAGAAAUCAGCGUGGCCCGAAAUCAAUCCCGAAGUGAUAGCUUGAGAAGGAGACGCAAAUUCCCAUCGCCCAUUCCCGAUUUGGGAGACGACAAUAAGGGAUUUUUGAGAAAGCUGGCAACGGUUCCCCUCAAAACGACAGCCUCGUAUUUGGAUACUGUGGGAUUCAAUACACACAGAGGAGAUAAAUCAUCAGCAGAACAGGCACCACAGUUGAAUCAAAAGGUGGCUGUAUCGGAUAUUGAAAAGUUGGCACAAAAAUCUGGCAAAAAUUCCGCCCAAGAGCGAUUUCGAGUCAAGCCAGAUUAUGCCUACCCUCGAGUCAAAUUCAAUCGAGAAGAAUUGAGAAAGGAAGCCAAUAAAAAGUCGAGUUACUUUCAUGAUUUGCGAGGGCAACCACAAAAUCCUGCCUUGUUGGGAAGCUUUUAUUUGGAGAUUCUUCAGUGCUUUGGAAUUCCGAGAUUUGGGGACAACAUCUUGAGGGAAACAUCGGCAUUCUGUUUGGCCGUGUGUGGAAGCAGUGCCUUUCAGACAGAUGUCAUGCCACCCGUGGCUAAUCCCAUGUGGCUUUCCAAAAUGCGUCGGGCUUGUAUAUUUCCACUCUAUGAAGGGUAUGCUACUGUUUAUGUGGGAUGCUUUGCUCAUCAAAAUGUCAAGGAUUUAUUCAUUGGACGGAUCGCUGUUGAUGUGGCCAAACUACGACAGGGAUGUACCUAUGACAUUACACUGCCGCUACGGAAAUCGGGAGUGAUAUAUUCUAAAGAGCAACGGGGUGCCAUGCGAGUACGAUUCCACUUGGAUUGGAAGAAUGAACGAAAGGUACUAUUGAGUUAUUUGCCAAAGGAAAAACCUUCCUUUCGACCGUUGGAUCGGGUCACUGUCAAGUGUGUCGACAACAAGGCAUUUCAGAACGUGGCCAGAGUGGUGCACGGACAAGACAUACCAUUAAAGUUUUCCAUGAAGCUGGUGAAAGCAACGAUGCGGGAACUUGAUUUUGUCCAAAUCCAUCUUUUGCGGUAUACCAAGAAGCGUACGAUACGGAAUCUGAGAAGAUGGGAAACUCCACUGAUAUCCUGCUUUGUGUUUUGUGCCUGGAUGCAUGCUACCUAUCAUGCAACACUGAGAUAUGUUCCCGGGCAUAUCAUCACCUUCGUAAUGCUACAUUUGGCCAAGAAUUAUACCCAAUUUGUGUUGGAUGGGAACUACGACAAUGGAUUCACGUCACCGACCUGGGAAGAAAUGGUCAUGGCGUUGGCCAUGGGAGAUGACAACCGAAAGAUUAUUGAGCCAUUGGAGAUGGAACGAAAGGACCCCAAUAAAGUUCAGAGUGCCAUGACCUUAUUGGAUGACGACCACGACAAUGGACAGGAAGUCCCAUUACAGACGAUUGCAAGUGCUCUCCGAGAAGGAGUGAAAUCUCACGAGCAUAAGACUCUCUUUGGGAACCUGGUCACCACCUUUGUUGGAACGGACGCUGUCGACUUCUUGGUGGAAAACGAGUACGCUUCCACACGUCAAGAGGCAGUCGCGCUUGGGGUCCAGCUGGAGAAGCACUGCCGAAUUUUUGAACACAAAAAACGGAAGUUCCCAUUCAAAGACGCCGACUUGACAUAUGUGUUUUUAAACUUCGAUACAAGUGAGUAUGCGUUCAAGACUCACAAGCCUUGGUUCAAGAGAUGGAUGCGAAUAUUGGGGUUCAAACGUGUCAACAUUACACCAGAAGAAGCGCACAUGGAGAUGCCGUUUGCGACAGGGAAAGACCACCCACGCUUAACUGUCAAGGAUUCACUAGUGAUUCGAUCGAAAGAGUCUCGUUCGAUGCUUCAGAAGGAAAAUGAAAUGGGUGACGAAGACGACAUCCAUGAUUUUGGUAUCACAAAAUAUCGCAAGACAGUUGAAACUGCAAAUCGAAUCCCUGGCAGUCAACUUCCGGGCCAGAUUACAAAUCAAGUGUUGAGUGGUAUCGCUGGCACCCCCAAAGCCAAGGCACUGCCCAGACUCUCUAUUCUCAAUGCCCCCGACGAGGCAGCACUAGCGGCCCAACUAAAUGUCGAAACCUAUCAAGACCAUCGAACUUCAAGUUUAAUAUUCAGCACCUGGGAUACUGAAGACGACGGAACAAGCGUCACGGUGAAACAAUUGGGGAAGCCUCCAAAUCAAGAUAUCAACUUUGAAAAAAAGGACGACAAGAAGAUUCCAGAUGCAAUGGCAGAAAUCCGUCGCGAAAUUCAUGACAAAAUUGGUAAUGUCUUCAACGUUCAGCCUUAUAGGCUCUCGUUAGAUGGUGCCGAAUGGGGAGAAAAUUCAACGAAAAAGAACAAGAAGUUGAGGCGAUCGCUGACACCUCCCAGGAUGACACUUGGGAAGAGUUCAAAAUCAAGCGAGACAAGGAGACCCAAUUUAUACGGGGCAUCAUCAGCAAAGUCACAUAAAACCUCCAAAAGAGCACUCACUAGAAUGACCAAUCUAACAAAAGUACGAGGAACAAAAAGUCUUGAUGUCCAUGGACUAGAAAGCCUGGCUCGAAGAAAAGAGGAAUAUGACCGGAUGCUUCAACUGCUGAAACAUUCCCACAGUAACGUGAUCAUCUCAAAGAUUGCUGCAAUUCUUGCACCAAUGGUAGAUGUUGCACAGAUGGUUCUCUCUGGUUUCCGAUUUUCGUUCAAUUUGAUGACGUGGAGAGAUCCUGUACUGACCUUCUGGUUUGUACUAUUUGGAUGCGGUCUGAUUGUUUUUCUACAUCUCUUCCCGUGGCGACUGUGUCUUGGAUUAGCUGGCAUUGUUUUUGUUGGACCUCAGAAUUGGGUCAUAAGGAUCCGCAAGGAAAAGAAGGAAGGAAAGGAAGUCUUUGACGAUGACAAACAGAUCACUAAACGGCGACCCGACCGCUCAUCUCACCCAACCGAGGAUGCACCGUUCUUUUCAUCUCUGGCUCCUGACAACCGGGUGAUUCGUGACAGUCAGUUUGAUACAUCGCAGUACAAGGAAAUUGCAGUGCCAACAACACCAUUGUGCUUCCGCCGAUUCUACGAUUGGCCACCAGAACCAGAGUAUGCCAGAGUCAGCAAAUGUGCGCCACCAGAGAAUGACCCAACUGCGCAGCAGUUACUUGAAGAUGACAGUUUUGAGGUGUAUGAAGGAGACUGCGAGUACGAUGACGAGUCAGUCGUUUCCGAAAACAGAGGCAAGUAUUGGGGAAGACAGGCUCGAAAACUCGCCAAGAAAAGUAUACCCAAAAAAGCUCGAAAGAUUGCCAAACGAGUCACAUCCAAAAAGCUGGAACCAGUUGACGAGCUGGACUCACUGUAA